GCAGAGAAGGCUUGUGGCGCUGUAGGGGGUAAAACUGUACGAUGAAGAAAACCGCGAAGUCCGAGAAGAACAGUCGCACUGACAACAAGAUGGAGAAAAUUACUUCUGAUGAGAAUAUGGCGAAGGCGUCACGUGAUCUGAGGGACGACCUGAUGCAGGCUCAGGAGCACGCCGCGCGGUGCAUGCUGGUCCAGCGCGAAAAACAAGCCAACGAAGGACUACUCAUGGCAUUAUCAGAUGCCCUGGGUCGGAUCAGAGAACGCCGGGCACGAGAGCAGGUCCGCCUGGAAACCGUUACGUCAAUCAAACAGCUCCAUGAGUGGUACGAGUACGGAAAGGGCAUCUUGAAACAAGGGGACGGACUGGAAGCCAUCUUGCGAUUUCGUAACGAGAUUAAAUGGCUGAGGAGGUUCUACCGCACCUCACUCGAGCACCUCUACAAGUAUCUGGAAAGAUAUUUCUGCAUAGAACGUCACACGGACCACAAUCUUCAAGGAGAACUGACCAGAAUCAUGGUCGAAACGAAGGAUGUGAAAACUCUGCUGGAUCAGCAUUUCGUCGAAGCGAAUGUGCUGCGGCCGAAUGUGCAGGAUAAGGACCCUGUCGUCAGCCUCGUUCCCUUCUUGUACCUUGAGUUACGUCAUCUCAUCGACCUUUUCCACGAAUGGAGGGUUCAUGUCAGAUACAGAAACAAGCUGGAGGACGUUGAGCAGCGCCGCUGGUUGGUCAGACGACAGGAGAUGCAGAGGCGUCACGUGAUCGAUGACAUCAGCGAGAGGAUAGUCACAGUCACGCGAGAAAUGGCGGAUCGCGAGACGAGACUACGUCACAACAUCGCGGGGCUGGAGAGAGUUAAAGCUGUCAUUUCUCAACAGAAAGGGAUUCACGAAGAAAUCGAAGUGCUGGAACUGGAGCUAGACGGGUUUCUAUGGGAAAGGACGAAGCUGCAGAAAAUGGCGGUCGAGAUGAAAGAUGAACUCCGAAACAUCCCAAACAAGCGAGACUACAAGCGGGACAAGAUAAAGACAGAACAAAGAAAAGUUGUCACAGAUUUUGACAAAAAUCAGAUCAAGAUUAACGACAAAAGAAAGAAGCUUGAAGAAAAGUACAGAGUAAAAGACUGGUACGAAAAAUCCGAGCACAACCUAGUAAGUAUCACCUUGGAAAUUGCAGACGAUAGGAGGAGGAUCGCAGGUCUCGCGAAGCUGCGCGAGACUUUGGAGCGAGAGCGAGACGGUGCCAGAAAGAGGCUACAAGAUCUGAAUGCGUCUGCUACGAAUGUGGAGCUGAAGUUACACUCGCUUCACACGGAUUACCUGUACGCUAUGAGGAGCGUGGAACAAGUUAGGCGAAUCCAAUGGCAAGUCGACGGAGGGGUGGACUUUGAGAGGGGCGUGAGGGUUCGACCAAAUGAAGUCCAUGUCAGUGAGCUGAAAAAGAGAGGUGAGGCAUUCUACGACAUGACGUCACACCCUCGUGGCAGAGUCAUCAUCAUCAAUAACGACUCCCACUGCACCAUGUAUGACGACUAUCGUGACGUCACACAUCUGACUGACGUGUUUGAGCAGCUGGGGUUCGCCGUGACGAUAGAACAGAACAUCACUGCUACGGAGAUGGAGAAUCAGGCCGCCCGAUUGGCUGAGGAGAACAACAUCCCAGGAUGCAGCGCGCUGGUGGUGGUGGUACUGAGCCCGGGACACGACCGCCGUCUGCACGGCUCCGACAAACAGGGCGUCUCACAUCGGGACUUCAUGGCGCAAUUCGAGGAGGCAUUUAGUGACAACAUGAAGGGAGAGCCGACUCUGUUCCUGUUGAUGGACACCCCUUCCGGAAGUGACGUCAAGACCACCAACGACGACGACUUCUACAGCAGAUUCUACGAACCCGAUUUGCCGAACGAUGACGACGAUAACAAAGAUGACGGAACCGACCAAGACGGAACGUCCAAUAGUGACGUCUUCGUUGCGUGCUGCCCGUCCUAUGGUUACCUUUUAUGUGAGGAUUCCGUACAAGGCACCUUAGCUGCCCAAACAUUCGUCAAAUAUCUCACACAUUUUGCGGCAACGGAAGAUUUCGCGACAAUACUCCACCGAGUGCGCAACGAGCUGCACAUGCGCAGUAGCGUCAAAGCCACACCUGUUUGCGAUGGCAACUGCGCAGACGCAGAAGAUGAACAUAACGCUCAUGAUUCGGCCACAGAUAACGGUCUCUCAUACUUGUGUUUGCCAUCAAAGAAGUUGUAUUUCUUCCCUGGGGUUUAAGACUUUAUGACCUCCUUGAAGAUUCUAAUGAUAACGGUGUCCAAUACUUCUGUUUGCCACAAAGAAGUUGUAUUUCUUCCCUGGGGUUUAAGAUUCAAUGUUGAGAUAACCAUCGCGAUAACAUUUUUGCUAGGUCAUCAUGCGAUUUUGAUGUCGUAGGAUUUUGAUGUCGUGCGAUGUUGAUGCGGUACGAUUUUAAUGUCGUGGGGUUUUCAGAUAAGCUGUAAACGAACCAAUUGCCAAGUGGGAUAUUAUAAGACUCUUUUUAGACAAGAAUACACCUGCAUUUUGCAAAACAUUUGCAAGACUAUCCCAAAAAUGCCAUUGCCUAGUUUGCGAUCGUACGACCGUCAUACGACAAAUGUGAUCAGGCCCUUAAGCCUCUUUGAAGCCAACUGUUGGAAGAAAAUGAAGUAAUAGAAGUAACGGUGUCUAUUCGUUUUAUCUAGUCGAGCAUACUCUAAUGUUCUUACCAAGUAUCAGUUUAAUUCGUGCACUUGUCGUACCCAGUAUAACAGAUGUGAUGCGUCUAGGAAGGGUGUAUUUUGUAUUGUAUACUUUACGAUGUGUAUCGUCGCCAUGCUUGAUCAGAAAAUGUCAAUAUUUGCAAAUUUAUAAAUAUUCUCUUUUGAGUGCCUAGAUGAUGCCAUCCAUAGAACCAAGUCAAAAUGGCUUUGAAAAAAAGUUGUCAUUGAUCCAUGCAAUGUUGUUUUACAGUAUACGACUGAUAGACAGAUCACAUGUACUUUUGAAUGUUAUUUGUUACCUGUAGACUUGAAAUAGAAAUACAUGUGUUGUG